AGCCGGCAGCCAGAAACGACCUCUCAUCAGUUCGCACCACGUCCGGGCUUGCAAUGCACUCAAUGAUGAUGCAGAAAGCGAACAUAAAGAACAUUUGUAACUUCAAAGCAGCGGUAGUCACUGGUUGGCACCUGAGUCAGCAGUACAAAUCCUUCAGCCUCCUGUCAAAAGUGGGUGCACCCCGCCAAAUUUUGAUGGGUCCGUCAUUCAACUGCGCGCCCUUCGAAUUGACAUCCACGCACUAAGCCGUCCUGGUCGCGACUAGCGUGCUCCGAUCUGACUCUGAGCAGGCCUCUUCUAAGGCACUUAUCGCUCAAAUCUACAUACACGCCUUAUACUCUCCUUUGACAUUCCUGUUUCCAGGUAGAGGGCGUGUUUGUUUCCACUAUAUUGCACCUUUUCCGUCGUCAAUUGUCUCGUGGUGACAAAUCAGCUUUGAGUGGCCAUCACCAUGGCUGCUCCGAACGCCGAUAUGGCGCAGUUCUUCGACUUUGGCGAAGCAGCUAUGCCCGAUGUCCACCAACAAGUGGGUCAGGAUGCUUCAACAAUACAGACGAGUGAGAGUCAACUUCUUGAUGCUUUUCUGGAAACGGACAACCUCCAAACCGAAGCAUUCAACACAGACUUCUCGAGUUGGCUGCCUGGAUACCAGAAACCAGCCAACCCUUGCGAGUAUUGUCGUUCGAAGUCCCUUGAAUGCUUUAUCUAUAACGCAAAGGGCGAUGGAACGUCAGGUUGCUCGCCUUGCAACAAUCUCUUCCGACCAUGCAGCUUCUCUAACCCAGAGUUGAUGCCCUACCGAACCCAGAGGACCGCUUUGGAUACGCUAGAUGUCGUGGGCGAGGAUGACGUUCACCAAAUUGGUGGCCUGACCCGCAGAAAGCAGUUGAGGUCGAAAGGUCACAUUGGACCUAUCGAUGACGAGAGUGGAGACCUUGGCCCCAAGAAAGGCGCUGCCGCGGCUCGGUUCCCACGAGCGGCUGUCAAGAUCCUGAAAGACUGGAUGCUCGAACAUCACGAACAUCCCUAUCCAACUGAGGAAGAGAAGGAAAUAUUGGGCCAACAGACUGGCCUCUCGUUAGGCCAGAUCUCGAACUGGAUGGCCAACACACGGCGAAGACAAAAGGCGAGGCCUAAACGAAGCUCGUCACCCAGUAUUCGACCAAACACGCAAGCGCUCAACAUCCCAGCGGGCAGGACUUGGGAGUCUCUGAAUCCCUUCGAACGAUGGAAGCAUUCUCCCCCUGAAAACGAACCUGCUCCCCUGACGGCUAUUGCCCAGGCCGUGGAAACCUUCGACCUGCCCGAGAACGCUAGCGCCAGCAGUAGUUACCAGCACCUCUCGUCUAACAAAAGUACCGACAGCUUCUCGGUCUUCAGAGCGCCUUCGCUGUCGUCUUUGGAGACUGGCUUCACGAACAUGUCUUCUGGAUCCCUCGGCUCCCACAACACAGCCUACUCGCACGGCUCUAGGCAUUCUCUCGGGUCGAUGAACAGCUUGAAGUCGAAAGAGAGGCGCAGGCGGCGACGCAUCCCCACUCGAGCCCCCAAGGACGCCGAAAAUGACGCUAACCGUCUCUUCCAGUGUACAUUCUGUACCGAUCGUUUCAAGUCAAAGUAUGACUGGUCAAGGCACGAGAAGAGUCUUCAUUUGUCGCUAGAGAAAUGGAUCUGUGCGCCGUUGGGCGAGGUCGUUGCUGACACCACAACCGGCAAGAGUAAGUGCGUCUACUGCGGUGAGCUCGAACCGACUAAGGUUCACCUCGCCACCCACAACCACUCUGCUUGCGAAGAAAAGGGCCUUGAGUCUCGUACAUUCUAUCGAAAAGAUCACCUGCGGCAACAUCUGCGGUUGAUGCACGAUGUCAAGAUGACUCCGAAUAUGGAAUCGUGGAAGUCUGAAGCACAGUACAUCAAGUCAAGGUGCGGCUUUUGCGGUAUGGAGUUCGACAAGUGGCAGGACCGAAUCGACCACCUGUCCAAAGAGUUCCGGAAUGGUGCGAACAUGAAAAAUUGGAAAGGUUGUCGUGGUCUUGACGCUUCGGUGGCUGUACACGUCACCAACGCCAUGCCUCCGUACCUUAUCGCGGACGAGAGCAAGUCGCCGUUCCCUUUCUCGGCGAGCAAUACCAACAGUUGCAGUCGCAUGCCCGUAAUGCUUAGCAGCAAGGACCUAGAGUACCUUGUCCCGAACACCACCAACCUUUCGGAUGCCUAUCAAGGUGACGGACACAAUGUAGGCCCUAUCGUGCUUCAAAAUACCACAUCCCAGGACUAUUCGUCUUCAGAAUCACCAGACAAUCAUUCUAGGGCCACUUGCUGGGAGAUUUUGACGCUGCGCUUGGGUCGGUUCGCCCGCCAACACAUCGAAAAGCAUGGAGCAGGUACAGUCACCGACGAAAUGUUGCAAAAGGAAGCUCGAAUCAUCCUCUACGGUGAACCUGAUGACCCGUGGCAUCAGACCGCUGCCGAUAACCCGGAAUGGCUCAACCUCUUUAAGAAAGCCCAUGGCAUCGACCACACCAUCCAAGUGCCAGGUGUAUACUCUCAACACGAGAUCUACGAAGACCUCGGUCUCGGCUCCGCCGCCCAACUCGACCCCAGCUUCAACGUCGCCAAUGUGCACGCCUUCAACGUGCUUAACCUACCCGCUAACGAUCCGUCGCGCGCUCUCCAAUUCGAGUGCUCCCUCUCUGGUAGCACAGCAAUGUACGACCACGCGCGCCACCUCUCCUCCACACAAUCGCCCCACAGCGUCCCUGGCCUGACGGGUUCUACAUCUGCCUCCCCAACGACAACCGCAUCGCGUCGUGCAUCCGCGAUGGCAAUGGCACCCAUCACCGAGCAGAUCUGCACUAAUGCGGAUCUGGAUAUGAGCAGGGUGAUGGAUAAUUUCCACCUUCCGAGCUGGGAUCAGCUGCCGAGUGAGUUCCAGAACCCGACAACGAGCGCAGGAUUUGAGAGCAUGAUACCGAUCAAUGCGAUUACGAGUGCGAUGGGUGUGAGUUCGAGUAAUGCGCCAGCGACGAUGGCGUGGGAUGAUAAUGAGUUGAGCUUUGAUAUGGAUAUGGAUUUGGAUUUUGCGACGGAGAUGGCUAAUGCUGGGAUGGCGUCACAACUGUGAAUGGUCACGGGGAACGGCAUGAGUAGACAUAGAACUUGUAGCGGAUGUCAUGCGUGAAUGAUGGGCGCUGUGGUUCUCUCCUCUAGGUUCGGGGAUGCAGGCGUUGGUACGGUGUUGGCGUUCAAGCGGUUGCAAAGUGAAUUGACGAGUAAUAAAGUUCUUCCAAG